AUGAGUACGAAGAACAAGGCUGACAAAACUUUGCUAUUGUAUGUGUGGAAUACAUCAAAUGAAAAAGGAUCGACCAGUCUUGCGGAGAAACUGAAGGAAAAUGCCCAUAAAAUAGGGAUUCUAACAAAAAUUUGCGAAAAGAGGAAGCAUCCUUUGCAGUCGGUUUCGGUUAAGUUAUUAACCGAUGUGGAAGAAGUAGGUGCAGACAAGACGCGAGGAAUACUUCCACGUCCUUCUCCUGCAUCAUCUGAGAUAGCACUUCGGCAGCAAGAGUUAAUUGCGGAAGGAGUUGAUCCCCAUCGAAGACAAAAUAUCCCUAGUCUACCCUGA